AUGCGUGAAGAGGACGUGUUGUCUGAGAAAGAGUUGAUUUUAUUGAGAGCAGGUAAGAACAUUUUCAUACCCCUUUACAUCUGUCAUUGAGGGGCGUAUUGAAGGGAUGUUCACGGUUGACUUAACUUUGUAUAUGGCUGAGUAUUUUCGGGAACGCCUGAAGUAGAUUUCAUGGUCUGUCAAAAGCAUCGAGAUACCUUUGGUAUAAAAUGGAGAGGGCGUAAGAAGAUUUGCCAGGUCCCAGAGGGGGUCACAUCUUACCGCUCAAAAAAUCACACGGGUGAUCGCACUAUCAGUAGGAACCUGUCAGAGGAAAUCUUCAAAAGGACUGGAUCACUUAUACCCAUCGGCUCAGGUAUUCAACAGUAUUAUUAGAAAUGUUACACUAACCACUGUAUUCACUCACAAAGGCUUUCUCGAAUGUUAUCUUUCUUAAGCAAUCUGCCGGCAGUGUCGUGGAAAGCUGACCACAAGCCUUGCAACAUAUCAAAAGAAUUCGCAAGAGGUGAGGAAAAACAGUGAACGUAAUGACUAUAGUGGAUUCCUUACGGCUGUAAAGCCGACUGACCCUUCUUCUUCUUUUUCAUUCUCUCCACAACACCUACAAAGUCGCAAGCAACUAUUGUGUACCUGGGUAUCCUGUGACGAUGAGCCAUUAAUGGGGCAGACUCGUACCCAGUCGUUGGGUUAGGCGUGGGCAAGUCAAGGGACAGGGCAGAAAAAAACGAUAAAGCGCAUCGCCCUGGCCAAUUUUGUGAAAGAAUAGUUAUUCCUCGCGAAGUGAGUUUAUAAUCUCGUCGCGCGCGCAGUGCGUGGACCGCGCAUGGAUCCGCGCUGAUCUUUACUUUUACAUUUCUGAUGGUGUACGCUAUGACGUCAUACAGUAGUUUGACGUCACGGGGCAUUUUUUGUUUCUGGGCAACAUUCAACUGGAAGCGAUUUCCCAUCAAUGACCAAAGUAUUCCUGAAGAGCUGACUUGUUUAUUCAUCGUGUGCGGAACAAUGUUUCCUAUUGGUGAAUCUCAAGCGAUUUCUUAUGCAAACAGAACAGCAAACUCAAGAACGCCGAAUUGUCAAUCCUCGCAGGGGAAGAUUUGACACCGAAAAAUUCCUCAUGAGCGAGAACGCCGACUUGAAAUUCAACGCAAGCAACAAAGAAGGAGACGGCAGCAACAAACAGCGGAGCAGAGAGAACAUCACUCAGUGAAUUUCGAAUGCUAAAGUACUUUUAAGAACAAAUGGAAGCGAUUUUGGAUCAUAAGCCUAAACAUAUGAGCGAAAAUCGCGGUUAAAAAACACGUCGACUUGUAGCAAGUCUACGGCUUAGACUGUUGGUCUUCCAUUCUUUACAUGUAAGUGCGAUGAAAUGCGUUUACCUUGGGGUUUUCACUGUCCAAACUGCGAGAUAUGUCCAGGAUCGAUCUUGUUAGCAAAAAUUUUCUAGCAAAUAUUUUUCGCAAUUGUCGCAAAAGAAAUAAUUGAGAAAAAAUUAUGUCAGAAAAUCACUAACAAAUAUCGCAAAAAUCGCAAGAAUAACAAAUCUAACAAGAAUCAAGACUUGGAAAAAAAGGAGUCAAGAAGAACCCCGAAAUGUCCGCAAAUAUCGCAAAAAUCGCAAAUAUAACAAGGAUUUUUCUUGCUAGCUAAAAACACCCAUGACAAAUAUCGCAAAAAUCGCAAAAAUAACAAAUCUAACAAAAUUCCAGACUUAGAAAGCAAAGAAGCCAAGAAGGGCCCCGAAAUGUCCGCAAAUAUCGCAAAAAUCGCGAAAGUAACAAGGAUUUUUCUUGCUAGCUUAAAACACCAGUGAAAACAAAGAGUAGCAAGUGGAAAGGCAUCAGUAGUUUGUCCAACUUCGAGAUCACGGCAGCGAGUGUUAAAGCCACCAUUACUUGCUUAUUUUGGUCUCUUCUCUCAGGAAUACCACACGAUAACCAAGUUAAAUGGAUUGCUGAAAGGCCAGUGAAAGGAGAAUUUGUGUCUGUGAAACCCAGACAGCCAAAGCCGGCGACAUCCCAUACAAAUAGCUUACUCAAGGAGGGUUCUACCACUGAAAUGACCCAACAAGCAAAUGCCAAUCUGGCUGAUAGUCACCUGUUUCCAUGCCCAGAUGACGGAUGCACCAAGUCCUUUAUGACAUACGGACGGCUGGAGCAGCACCUCAUGUAUGGUAAACACCAAUUCCGUCGGGCCGAGAGUGUUUCACUUAUUGACCGAGCAAAGCUCAGUUCCGCAGAGUGUCUUGAGCCUGGGGGGAGCCAUCCUGAAGUGACGAUACCGGAUACGGAAAUACACAGUGGUUCCCCUUGUCUGCCAGAGGGAUGA